AUGCAGAAGCUCGUUAUCGCCCUGAUGCUCUCGCGCGCCGCCGCCGCUAAGACCGGCGGUGACCAGUGCGUGCCCGGUGACCUCCUCCAGAUGCGCUGCGAGGGCACGGCUACGUAUCAAGUCAAGUUCACGGGCCAGUGGACGGCCGAGAACUUCCCGGUGGACUACCCGGAGAACGCGCACUGGUCGCCGCCUGAGUGGAAAUCAACCAGGGCGUGGAGGACGACGCGACGAUCCAGCGAACGCGCCGUAAAAUUUGAUUUCCACACAGGUCGCCGCUCGUCGGCGCGACGCACAAGACCUACGAUGCCUUUUGGUACCGCAAGGGCCUCGCGACGCCGGGAGUCCAGGAAGUCGCGGAGACGGGCAAUCCGGCACCCCUGCUCGAGGAGCUCGACAACGACAUGUAUCUGAGCUCGGCCCGCGCGGCCGGGCCCGUCUUCCAGCGCGAUGGCCCUCCCACGGAAAUGAUGAUCGAACUCACGGCCGACUCCAUGAACGACCAGCUCACGGUUAUUUCUAUGGUCGCGCCGUCGCCCGACUGGUUCUCUGGCGUCGCUUCCCUCGACCUCUGCGACCACAACACCGGCGAGUGGAGGGAUUCGAUCACGAUGGACCUCAAGGCCUACGACGCGGGCACCGACCGCGGCAUGACGUUCACGGCCGCCGACGACGCCAUCGAGGACAAGAAGAUCAUUCGUACGGUCAAGUGCCGCGGCUACGCAUUCUGCGGCGAGCGCGGCGACUCGUCGCCGCCGGAGGAGGUCAUCGGCGUCGCUAUGCUCGAGGUGAUGGUGAAGGAGAUCUCGAUGAAGCAGUCGUGA